AACUAAUAAAAAAUACGAAACAUUCCCCAAAUUCGCGCCAACCUAGUCGGAAACGAAAGGGAGGGAGAGAAGAGAAGCGGGGGCAAAAUGGCAGUUCUGUGUUUCCUGCUGGAUCUGUUGAGCAUCUCGCCUCCGUUGCUCAGAGAUUUAAAGCAGGCACUGUUGCAGCUUGCCAAUUUCUACGCAAUCUCACCUUGGCGUCAUGAUAGGAUCGGACUGUGCUACCUCCUCUAUAAUCGCAUUUCUUCUUCAAAUGAGCUGAAGAUCGCAUACAGUCCAAGAGAAAACUUUGGUCUUCGCGAUUUCCACCAUGCUGUUAACAGCUUGCCUACCGAUGUCUUUUUCCCCCAAACCGGCCACUCAGGACCAAUCUCUUCUGCCGACCUCCACCUUUCAACCAUCCUGAGCGAUGAAGUAUUAUACUCCUGGGGAGGCAAAGACAUUGUGAGAAAAAUAAUUCUCCUUAGCUCCUGCUUUGUUCAAAACAUAGACUCUACCCUUCAAAACACACUCAUGGAAGCAGCAGAUAAGUGUGUUUUGGUGGAGUUUGUUUUAUUUGAGCAGAAAUCGAGCCAUCUCAGUGAUAUCCCAGAUAAUAUUGACAAUUUUGCUAAGCAAAUCCAUGAUCUUGACAAUUGCUCGCUACAAACCUAUCCUCCAGAUGUGUGUGUAUUGCAUGGACUGGUAAAACGAUGGUUACAGGAUUUGAAGGAUGAUAUAGAAGAACCAUUGCAAGCUUGUUUUAUCUUCAAGACAAACCUUGUAGGCUCUGUCAACCAGAUAUCCUGCAACUUCUCCAUAUCUUUCAAUCACAUAACUGAUGGCUUCAGCCCUUGUCAGACAUGCAGGUGCCAUGGCAUUCCAUUAGAUGAUGUAAUUGGAAAUAAGAUCAAGGUGCCUUCUUGUUGGGUCACAGGCGUUAAGCUGGGAACAUAUGAUUUGAUUGAAAAUUUUGUGAAGAUUGGAGAACAAACAAUGCUGUUUUUACCCUCUUUCAAGAGCUUUAUGAAGCUCCAGCAAGUUUCUUCACCCAUUGACUUCAAUAUUAUUGAGAGGACUAACUUGGGAUCUCUAAGUGAAGGCCUUAUAAUUGGGAAUUCCUAUUUUGUAACUCCAUCAGUUUGUCAUGAUGUAGAAGCUGCUUCAGAUGAAGGUGAUAAAACAGAGUUGAAUGCUCAACUUUUUCAAGGGCUUUGCAGUACACUACGGUCAUUGGACCAGGGUUUGGUCUGUUCUUCAAUUUGUAACUUGGAAACGAUGAGGGAAGCUGCCUUCCACUGCUAUUAUAUUCUUUAUCCUUCAGAUGGUGGUCCAAUGCUUCUAAGGCGGCUUGCAGGAUCAGAGGAAGUUUCACCCAUUCCUGAUGUUAGUCGAGUGAUUGAUUCUUCAUUAACAAAGGAGAUUGAAAACUCCAUCGAAUCCUCUUUAUUGAAGAUGGAACUAAGAGACUACAACCCAGUCCUGCAUGAGAGAGGCUUCCAUCAAAAAUUGAACUUUCUUGUCAAAGAGAGUUUACAAUUUAGGUCAAUACCUCCUAAAUUGGAAGAGGUUAACUCUGAACUGAACUUAACCGAACCAGAUUCUUUGGAAGUGAUUGCAGAAUCAAAUUCAGCAAUAGAUGUUGCAAAUGCAGAAGGGACCCCACAGUUGGAUGUGAAAGCUGGAGAAGACAAAGCUACUGCUACGAUUGCAGAAGAGUGGGAGCAGCUGAUUGUCAAUGAAGUCCCAAAUAUAUACUCCCCCAGUUGUAUUUGCAAACCCAAGUUGGAGCAAUCAGUUCUAUUACCAUCAGAUAGUACUAGACAGUUAGAUGUAAAAACUUCCAGGAUCUUAGAGAGGCUGGAGAUCCCAAGACAGUUGAAGAAGAGGGCACUUUCACCCAUUAUCACAAACAGCAUCAUGGCUGAUGGAUGUGCACUGAUGAAGAAGCCUCUAAUUCCAUUCCAGCCUAUUCAUGUAACAGCAGCAGGCCGAGCCUCCAUUGCAAGCAAACCAAUGAAACCCAACUUUCAGAGGAAACAUGGAUAAAAGAAGGGUGCUCACAUUUAGUUCCUGAAGGUAUUCUUGUGGAAAAGGUCCAUGAGGUUAGUGGCUCUUUGCUUUCUAUUUGUUUGUUUUUACUAUUUCUGCAAACAUGCUAUAUUCUCAACCCAUGAAUGAGAAGGUGCUCUAACAAAAUGUUUACAUCAUUGAGGGUGAAAAUGAAUGAAAAGCAACAAAAUAUUCCAUGAUA